UGCUUGGUGUCCGCACACCGUCCGUCUCGUCAGUGUUGAUCGGCUCACCAUGGCGGAAGGACGCAGAGAGCAGCCGCCCCAUCCUCUCCUCUCCUUACCACCGGCCAGCAAGCGACCCUGCCUGCGCCCUGCUCCCCGAGGUCCCGGCCCGGGGCCCGGCCACGGCAGCGGGUUGCCCAGCUCCCGGUAUCGUUCCCCGGAGUCUCUUCUGGACUGCGCCGCGAAGGCAGUAGCGGAAAAGUGGGCCUUCGAGAGAGUAGAGGAGCGCUUCGAGCGGAUCCCUGAGCCCGUCCAGCGCCGCAUCGUCUACUGGUCUUUCCCCCGCAACGAAAAGGAGAUAUGCAUGUACUCUUCGUUUCAGUGCCGAGUCGCCGGCGAGGAGGGUCCGUCGGCGGCUACCGGCGGGGCUGGGGGUGCUGGGUCCGGAGCCACCACCGCCGGCGGUGGCGGAGGAUCUACCGCCGGUACGGCGGCUACCGUGGGGGCAGCCGGAGCAGUGGGAACGGGAGACGGACUCCCUUUCCGCCGGGGUAUCAGGCUGCUAGAGACCGGCUGUGUGGAAAACGUUUUACAAGUCGGGUUUCACCUCAGUGGCACAGUAACUGAACCCGCCACAUCGUCAGAGCCGGAGGUCACCCACAAGGUGGCCAUCAGCUUCGACCGAUGCAAGAUCACCUCCGUCACCUGUGGCUGCGGGAACAGAGAUAUCUUCUAUUGCGCCCAUGUGGUGGCACUCUCUCUUUACCGGAUUCGCAAGCCCGAACAGGUGAAGCUGCGGCUGCCCAUCUCAGAGACGUUGUUCCAGAUGAACAGAGAUCAGCUGCAGAAGCUGGUCCAGUACCUGAUCACAGCCCACCACACUGAGGUGCUGCCCACUGCUCAGAAACUGGCCGACGAGAUCCUCUCCUCCAACUCUGAGAUCAACCAGGUCCACGGUGCUCCGGACCCGACUGCAGGCGCCAGCAUCGACGAUGACAACUGCUGGCAUCUGGACGAGGAUCAAGUCAGGGAGCAGGUCAAACAGUUUCUGUCACAGGGAGGAUACUACGGUUCUGGGAAGCAACUCAACUCCAUGUUUGCAAAGGUGAGGGAGAUGCUGCGAAUGCGAGACUCCAAUGGCGCCCGAAUGCUGACGCUCAUAACGGAACAGUUCAUGGCAGAUCCCCGGCUGUCGCUAUGGAGACAGCAGGGCACAGGCAUGACAGACAAGUGUCGGCAGCUCUGGGAUGAGCUAGGUGCAUUGUGGGUGUGCGUGGUGCUCAACCCCCACUGCAAAAGCGAGGAGAAGAGCGGCUGGCUUAAGCAGCUGAAGAAGUGGGGCGACAUGGACGUCUGCCCGCUGGAGGACGGCAACUACGGGAGCGAGCUUCCAAACAUCACCAACGCUCUGCCGCAGAGCAACCUAGCGCAGGACUCUCUGUCCAGGCCGAGGAGGUCGGUGUUCAGCCGGGCCAUCGAGGCCUGUGACCUCCACUGGCAGGACAGCCACCUUCAGAGGAUCAUCAGCAGCGACCACUACAUGUCUCCAUCCUACCAGAGAGAGGGGGAGAGCCUGCUGUUCAACCCUCAGGGCCUGCCGCUCUGGCUAGACCACGUCCCGACGGCCUGCGCUCGAGUCGACGCCCUGCGUUCCCACGGUUAUUCGAGGGAAGCAUUGCGAUUGGCCGUCGCCAUCAUCAACACACUCCGCCUCCAACAGCAGAGACAGAUGGAUAUCUACAAACACCAAAAGAAAGAGCUACUCCAGAGGGGCGUGACUUCCACCACCAACCUGGAAGGCUGGGUGGGUCAUCCCUUAGACCCGAUUGGCUGUCUGUUCACUACACUCACUGAAACCUGUCGUGUGGAUGAUGACAACACCAUGGACACCGGAGAAGGUGAUCCCAGGCCUCCAGUCUACCAUCACGUACCAGUGUGGGGCAGUUCUGAUGGAGGGGAAUCCUACCUGACGCUGGCCUUAGAGGUGGCUCUGAUGGGUAUGGGCCAGCAGAGAAUAAUGCCUGAGGGCCUGUACGCUCAGGAUAAGGUGUGUCGUAACGAGGAGCAGAUUGUUGCAAAACUCCAAGAACUGGAGCUGGAUGACCUCCUGGUUCAGACUCUUCGGAAACAGGCCAUACAGCUACUAGAAGCUGGUCCGUUCAGCGGUCUCGGUGAGGUCAUCCACAGGGAGAGCGUUCCCAUGCACACCUUCGCCAAGUACCUCUUCUCUGCGCUGCUACCACAUGACACAGACCUGGCAUACAAGGUGGCUCUCCGCGCCAUGAGGCUACCGGUGCUGGAGUCAUCAGCAGGCUCCGGGGACGUGGGCCACCCUCAUCAUGGCAUUUCCAUAGUUCCAAGUAGAUACCCACGCUGGUUUACACUGGGACACCUGGAGUCACAGCAGUGUGAGCUGGCCUCCACCAUGCUCACUGCUGCUAAAGGUGACAUGUUGAGGUUGCGGACAGUGCUGGAGGUUAUUCAGAAAAACAUCCACUCCUCUUCCUUAAUCUUCAAGCUGGCCCAGGACGCCUUUAAGAUAGCCACACCUGCAGACAACCCACCUGAUAUAACCCUGCUCAAUGUGGCACUGGAGCUAGGACUACAGGUGAUGAGGAUGACGCUGUCCACACUGAACUGGAGGAGGAGAGAGAUGGUUCGAUGGCUGGUUACCUGUGCCACUGAAGUUGGUCUGCGGGCAUUGGUGAGCAUCUUACAGAGCUGGUACACUCUCUUCACACCGACUGAGGCCACCAGCAUCGUGGCGGCCACUGUCAUGUCCCACAAUACCAUCCUGCGUCUCAGCCUCGACUACCCUCAGCGAGAGGAGCUGGCUAGCUGUGCAAGGACCCUGGCCCUGCAGUGCGCCAUGAAGGACCCCCAGAACUGCGCCCUGUCAGCUCUGACGCUCUGCGAGAAGGACCAUAUCGCCUUCGAGACGGCCUACCAGAUUGUGAUCGAUGCAGCAUCCACGGGUAUGACUUACUCCCAGCUGUUUACCAUUGCGAGGUACAUGGAACACAGAGGAUACCCGCUGCGGUCCUUCAAGUUGGCCUCCCUAGCCAUGACCCACCUUAACCUGGCUUACAACCAGGACACACACCCGGCCAUUAAUGACGUGCUCUGGGCCUGUGCGCUCAGCCACUCUCUGGGUAAAAAUGAGCUUGCAGCCAUUAUUCCCCUGGUGGUGAAGAGCGUGCACUGUGCCACGGUGCUGUCUGACAUCCUGCGGCGGUGCACCAUGACGGCACCGGGUCUUGCGGGCAUUCCUGGGAGAAGGAACUCUGGGAAGCUGAUGUCAACAGACAAGGCGCCGUUGCGGCAGCUCUUAGACGCCACAAUCUCGGCGUACAUCAACACCACGCACUCUCGACUGACGCACAUCAGUCCACGGCACUAUGGAGAGUUCAUAGAAUUCCUGAGCAAAGCACGGGAGACUUUCCUGCUGGCACAGGACGGCCACAUUCAGUUCGCCCAGUUCAUAGACAACCUGAAACAGAUCUACAAGGGCAAGAAGAAACUGAUGAUGUUGGUCAGGGAGCGCUUCGGCUGACCUUACCCCUCCCUUACAGGGACCCUCUUCUUGGGAAGUAGUUAAAUUUAUUUGUUUCUAUUUAAGGUUUUUUGGAUUCCUUGUAUUUUUACUUAUUAUGUUGAGCCAUUUGUUGACUAAGUCUUAAGUUUUUGUCCAGUUUUGUUGUUUUGUUUCUUGAAUGUGAACCAGGAAGUGUUCGCAGUACAUUGCUCUACUUCAUUGAGACUGCAAAAGGGGAAACGGCUUGAAAUGUCAAAGAAACAAAAACAAAGCAUUUUCCCCAUAUGACUUAUGUUAAAUCUAGUAUGAAAAAGUCAAGAUUGUGAUGAAAAAGACAAAAGGAACUUUUGUUUUUCUGUGGCACAUGACGAUUUAAAACCAAAAGAUUUUGUUGGAUGGGGUACUUACUUUGAGCCAGAAGACGCUUUCAGCUGGGGUUAAGAAGAAGAGGAGGAAGUGGAUUUCAAAGUGGAAGGAACAUGUCAUUCCAAAAGAAAAAAACAAACAACCCACUGAGGUCAUAAACACACAUAGUGUUACUGUCAUACCUCGACUGUAUUAUUUGUCAGCUUUAACUUCUCUAUCAGAAAUGGCCUCUUGUUUCAUUCAGGGCAUCUUAGAGUAGAGAGGGCAGAAUACAGAACUACACAUGUGUGGUCUCUUUGUGAAAGACGUCAGCACCAACAGGUAUAAACUUGACUAAAGCCACUCUAGACUAGCUCCUACCCUCUACACCUGCUGGUCAGUGCUUUUCCUUAAGAAUAUCCUAAGAGGAAGAACCAUGUUGCUUCACAGAGUGCAUGUUUUCAAAUCCAGAAGCCUGAGAGUGACAUUGUUCAGGCUAUUCUCGCUAAGGUAGAGUAGUUGAGGCUCCACGUGCACAUAUGUAUUCAGUAUAUCUCGUAUGUCCUCCUAUAAGCUUAUUAACAGUGACAAUACACAACUGUGAUGAAUGAUGGGGGUCACAGUAUUCCCAUCCCUAGAGCUACCACUGCACUGCUGUACAGCUAUUUGUGGCCAAAACCUUUGAAAUCUAUAAGACUCCAGUGGUCACCUUUCACUCGCUAGAUCAAGAUUUAGUCAAUAAGCAAUAUAAGUCAAGUCUGCGCUUCAUUUUUUUAUCUCUUAGCAGCAUUAAUUUCACCUACUUGCAUUGUUUUUGGAAGCUUUGGAACAUAUUGGGACCUUGUUGAUUUCAGUGACUGUUUGUUAACUCUGCCUGUAGCUAGAGGCCCUUUUCCAUCUCAAAGAACAUUUGGUGGAACUUUCGUAGAUUUAUUUCUUUGUUUUUAGGAACUUUUUUAUGAACCCAGAAUAUUACCCCAUUAGAAGGACAGAGAUCAGGUUUCAUUGUUAAUUCUUUUGGUUAUUGUUUCUACCCCUAAGGCCCUAGCAGGCCAGAUAGUACUUAUUCCAAUUGUUUUGAGUUCUUGGGGUGAAAUUGGUAGUACUUACCAUUGCUGAUUUGUCAAACAAGCAUGUUUCAAUUUAACAGCCAGAAUUGUCUAAAAUUAAAAAGCAGCAGGAGGUAACAAGUGCUACACAAUUAAGUAUUUUUGGACUGAUACCAAGGUAGAAGCUCUGCCUUGUAUAUAAAUAUCACUAUAUAUAUAUCAACAAUUGAAAAGCCUGAUAAAAUAUUUUUUAUGAAUUAAUUGUAGAAGAAGGUUUAAACCAUAGAUAAAUCUGCACUAAUUGAUAUUUUUUAUGUGUAAUGUAUAAAGGGCGCUUGUAGUGACUAACCCACAAACAUGUAUCACCUAACUCUGCUGUUCCCCUCGGCUCUAUGAAGCUUGUUAGCAUCAUUUAGCUAAUUAGUUUGAUUUUUACAGCCUGCAAAGUUACCGUUAGGUUAAGUCUCGCUCUGCUCAUCAUCCUCUUUUCCAACUGCAGCAGCUAACUGUUAGCAAAGAAGCUAACCAACUGAACACUGGCUGCCUCGCACCAAACAGCAGAAAGACAAAGUUAGCAGCUAGCUGGUGCACAAAAUGUCACAUUUAGCUGCUAAAAAGAGAGUGAAUAUUGGACUCACAUUUGUUAGUCAGCCAGAAACAUGAAGCCAUACGAAUGCUAAUGUUGCUCCAUCUCUGCUAAAUAUGUAAAUUAGCAACUGCUUGCUAACAUGUUAGCCAUAGCAACUUUGGAAGGUGAUAAUAUGUCAGUGUUGUGUUCUUAGCUUGAUCACUGCCCCCAAACUCAGUUAACAGUGGUUUAAGCGUUGUUUUGAAAAACUAAAACAAAAAAAGAAAGGCAAUAUCCAAAAUAUAUAAACCCACACCAACUGCAGUAAUCACAUUUGUUCCCUUCAUGGCUAAAGCAAAACGAACAUGCUUAAACAUCCUGAAUUAUUAUAUUUCUCUAGUUCCUUGGUCUCGUGAUGGAAAAGAGUCUAUAGUUACUAAAGCCACUUACCUGUGAAUGCUACUGGUUGUGAUCAUUGUGGACUGUGAAGACAAGAGGCCUUGUCUUUCUCAAAGGGUUAUAGAUACACAGUGCAAAUACAUCAAAUACUGUAUGUUUUAUGACUUGAUGACUUAAUCAUGUAUAAUUGAGACCACAUGCCUUGGCACAGGAAGUUAUUUGUUCUGUAUGAGGGAUGUUCAUGCUCCCUUAUGUAACCCAGUGGCAAAGUGUUGUUGUUAAUGGCGGUAUACAGUACAGCAAGAGCUUGAAUUUUUACCAGUCGGACUUAAACGUCAUCGUACAAGCACUUCACACAAAUACCUCUUCAGUACGUUCCUGCCUGCUUCAGCAUUUAUUUAUUGAUUGUUUAGUAACUUUGUAUGACUGAGUAGGAAUCGCAGACACAUUAACAGGACAUGGCGAGCGAGUCGGCCUGUCGAUGGCGGGAGAAUAAAAGAAAAGGGUUUUUGAAUGGAGGAACAUUUUCUUGUCUGCUUUUACAUUCCAUGAGAGCUACCUUCACCCACUACCCAGGUAGUCAGUCACAACUCUGGGCCUUUUCGAUCUGAAGAAACGCAGAUAGAAGAAUGGAGAUAAAAAAAAAAAAGGAAAA